GAGAAGUGUAGUGCGGUGGGAGGCGGUGUGUAGCAGAGGUCACGGGAGAUACUGGAAGCCAGGCUGACAUGUGACGAGCUGUGUACAUGCGAGGGAGUCCCGGGAGGACAGCGGCGUGUGCAUCACUAAUGUCUUCCCGGCAUUAACAGGGAAACAGAGAGAGUCACUGACGUUCCUCUUCGGAAGAGGCGAUUUCACGAUGACUGUCAGCUCUGUGACCAGCGCCUGACCCUUCUGUUGUGUAGACAGGGUGGGGAGUAAGAGGAAAGUUCUCCAAAAGAAGGAAGUUCCCAAUAUUUAUCCUUGGAACACAGGACCCUGUUGGAGCUGCUGGCUGCUCCUUCCAACAUGUCCUCCAAAAGUCUUGUGAACACCGACGUCCAGCAGGGCAGUUUGGAAGCGGGUUGUGUACCCAGGCAUGACAGCGAUGAGGAAUAUGAGGAGGAGGAACAUUUGGUGUCAGUGGAGUUAACAGGAAUUAUAGAUUCAGACAUUUUGGAAAAAUGCAGCAACAAAUGUAAAAUUUUGGGGAUUAACACAGAGAAGCCAUUUUUACAAGUUGACAAAUAUGUGUUUGCAGGGGAAUAUGAAGAUGCCUUGGGCACUUGUGUUAUCUUUGAAGAAAUUUUGGACCAUGGAGAUGCAGAGUCAAAACCAAAGCUGAAGUACAAAUGCCACACUGUAAAGAAGCUAAAUAUGACCAGAACUUUUUUAACUGAAAAAAAAGAAGGGGAUGAUGGAGGAGGAAAAAUAGAAUGGUUCCAGAUUAAAGAAGAGAGCAAUACUAGCUGGCCUCAGAUGAUAUGCAGCUUUGCUCAGGAAAAUGAGGAAGCAGAUGACUCUGCAAGUGAGGAGGAGGACCAUGAGCAGUUAAAUAAAUCAACUGAGGAUGUUGAACAGGCAGAGCAGAGUCUUGGUCCAAGUGAUAAACCGCACUCUAAUUCUGAGGAGAAGGGGAAUGCUAAUGUGGAGGGGAAGGAACAGUUAGAUCCUGAGAGAGAGGUACUCAAAGAGGAGCAGAAUAUGGACACUGACAAAGUAGAUGGUGGUACAGGCAAACCAUCAUGUACAACAGAGCAAACUAAGACAUGCGUCUGAGGAUUCUGGAUGUGCUCAACAAGAAGAUAAAAUAUGCCCUGAGCUACUUACAUUUUUCCCAUACCCCUGAUUCUGAUGGCCUUUUAGGCAAAUUGUAUGUAUGUUGUUUUAAAAAGAGUGCUUGAGAUUACUUGCAACUAAAAAAUUGAUUUUAUGUUUCUUAUACUAAUUGUAUUCUGUAGGAUCCAAAAGAAUAAUUAAAGGUGUUUUAAAGG